AUGAGCCAAGCGACCCCAAAUGGAUCGGCUCCGACCACAUCGCCGCCCAGCUGGUUCAGCCACUACGGACACGGCCGCCUCCUCUACCCUCUCUUCGCAGUUCUCAACGUCGGCCUCAUUCUCCUCGUCUACUACUAUCUUUGGCGGCUCUUCUUUGGCCGGUCUGACCGGACGAACGAGUCGACCACCGUCGCGACGGCCCAGUCGACUUCGGCAGCCAGCUCUCCCAACGCCUCCACGCGCAUCGAGGCCAGCCUCCACCCCGAGGCGCUCUCCGCGCUGCCGGUCUUCGACUACGCCGGUACUGCGGCCGCCGGGGGCGAGAAGUUGGAGUGCGUGGUGUGCUUGUUGGAGUUCAGGGACGGGGACAAGGGGAGGCUGCUUCCGAGGUGCGGCCACCGCUUCCACGUCGACUGCGUGGACAUUUGGUUUCAGUCGCACUCCACCUGCCCCAUCUGCCGGUCGACGGUCGAACCCAAAUCUUCAGGGUCUGAUGAAGCAGUAUGA